GGGCGCGGCCGCCCCGCAUGCAGCAGGAACAAUAUGGAAGUAGGAUCUGGGCUGGGAUCCGACACGCAGCUCGCAGAAUAACCCACAAACAGACCAAAAAGAGAGAGAAAACGAGAGAAAGCAACCCACUGUCGUUUCUUAUUAAUGUGCCAUCCACUGUCACGAUAGGCAAUGGCAAUGCUGGGUAUGUACGUGCCAGACAGGUUCGCUCUGAAAUCCUCUAAGGUCCAAGACGGGAUCGGGCUUUACACCGCCAGACGGGUGAAAAAGGGGGAGAAGUUUGGGCCCUUUGCGGGCGAGAAAAAGAUGGCCAGCGAGCUGGAGGACAGCAUGGAUACACGGCUGAUGUGGGAGGUGAGAGGCAGCAAGGGCGACGUGCUGUACGUCCUGGACGCCAGCAACCCCCGGCACGCCAACUGGCUGCGCUUCGUCCAUCAGGCUCCAUCUCAGGAGCAGAAGAACCUGGCCGCCAUUCAGGAUGGAGAGAACAUUUUUUACCUGGCUGUGGAUGAUAUCGAUACGGACACGGAGCUCCUGAUCGGCUACCUGGAUAGUGACAUGGAGGAGGAUGAAGAAGAGGAAGAGGAGGAGGUCGUGAAAGAUGAGGAUGAAAACAGCAGGGAGGCCAAGCACGUGGCAGAAUCAGACGUGAUGAUUAAGAAGGAGGACCACCCAUGCCUGCUGUGUGAGAGCAGCUUCCCCAGUGAGGAGGUGCUGGCUGCCCACCUGCAGAGCCUUCACCAGCGGCCCAGUGGCGACGACAAGGAGUUCAAGUGCCGCAACUGCGGAAAGAGGUUUCCUGUCAAGCAGGCCCUGCAACGGCACGUGCUGCACUGCUCUGACAGUCUGAGCUCCGCAGGCGACGGCACCCAGGGGCACCAGUGCGCUCUGUGCCAGAGCACGUUCAGCUCCGAGUCCAGCUUUGAGCAGCACAGGGAGGCAUGCAAAGGGGAUGCCAGGUUCAUCUGUAAGGCAGAGAGCUGCGGGAAGCGGUUCAAAAGCAAGGAGUCCCUCAAGAAGCACAAAGGGAAUGUGCACACAGGAAGUGCUCGUAGGAAGCUGAUGUGCUCCAUCUGCAACAAGAAGUGCUCUUCGUCGGUCAACCUGCAGGAGCACCGAAAGGUGCAUGAGGUCUUUGACUGCCCGGCGUGCGACAAGAAAUUCAUCUCCACCAAUCAGCUCAAGCGGCACAUGAUAACGCACUCAGAGAAGCGGCCGUACACCUGCGAGGUUUGCAGCCGCUCCUUCAAGCGCCUGGACCAGGUGACAGCGCACAAGAUCAUCCACAGCGAGGACAAGCCCUACAAGUGCAAACUGUGCGGGAAGGAGUUUGCCCACAGGAACGUCUACAAGAACCACAAGAAGACCCACUCAGAAGAGAGGCCCUUCCAGUGCGAGGAAUGCAAGGCGCUGUUCCGCACACCAUUCUCGCUGCAGCGCCACCUGCUGAUACACAACAGCGAGAGGACCUUCAAAUGUGACCAGUGCGACGCGACCUUCAAGCGCAAGGACACGCUCAACGUGCACAUACAGGUGGUGCACGACGGCCACAAGAAGUACAAGUGCGACCUCUGCGAGAAGGCCUUUGUCACGCCAUCCGUCCUGAAGAGCCACAAGAAGACUCACACGGGCGAGAAGGAGAAGAUCUGCCUAUACUGUGGACAGAAAUUUGCCAGCAAUGGUACGCUGAGGGUCCACAUCCGCAGCCACACCGGUGAGCGGCCGUACCAGUGCCCCUACUGCGACAAGGCCUUCAGCAAGAACGACGGGCUGAAGAUGCACAUUCGCACUCACACCCGGGAGAAACCCUACAAGUGCAUUGAGUGCAACAAGGCCUUCAGCCAGAAGCGAGGCCUGGACGAGCACAUGAGGACGCACACCGGCGAGAAACCCUUCCAGUGUGACGUGUGCGACCUGUCCUUCAGCCUGAAGAAGAUGCUGAUUCGCCACAAGCUGACCCACAACCCCAACCGGCCCAUGGCGGAAUGCCAGCUCUGCCACAAGAAGUUCACGCGCAACGACUACCUCAAGGUGCACAUGGAGAACGUCCACGGCGAGACCGAAGCGUAGCACUUGCCUUCCCCUCCACUGAAGGAGGGAUUUCAGCAUUGAACCCCGGGAAAUUAAAUAAACUGUUCCACACCGUCCCUGUCCCAGUGGUUCUGACGGUCCGACAUCCUCAGCACCACUGCGUAUCCCUUAAUCUUGGUGUAUCCAAACUCCAAUAUGGGAUCAGUGAUGUUGAGAUAAGGUGCUAGAGGGUAUACUGUGGACUGCGGCCUCCGAUGCAGGAAUGCCUGUGAUGGCCAAUCAAACACUUUCCCUGUGUUUGUUUUGUCCUCAAAAACCUAACCUCUAGAUCCUGUAGCAUUUUAUUUCACUUCAGCUGCUGCCAUAUUUACAUGGAUUUUUGUUCAGUGUUGGGCAUCCUGUAUAUCCUACACACCAUUUAAACAUCAGUAGAUUUAUUUUAUUUUGUUUUUAAGGAGUGUUUCGGUAGCCGUGUACUUCCUUGAAGUUCUCUCGCAUGUGCUGUAUUUUCCAUUCUAUAUAUUCAUUAAAAAAAAACAUGUUGUAUCGUUCUUAAAACUGAAUUUUUCAGAAUGUCCAUACUCUUUGUAUUAUAAUACUGUGGUUUAGUUGUUAGCAUUGCUUAUUAAAAUGCCUAUUUAAAAUGUGA